CAAGAGCAGUCCGUUUGUAAGCAAAUUUUCAAAUGCAUGUACUUAACGCUUCAAUCUGAUUAUUAAAAUACAUAAGUCAGAUAAUUUCGUACUGCAUGUUGCCUAUAUUUGUUUAAGUGCCCUUUUGAUGAAAAUUUGGUUUAGGAAGAGGGAGUUUUAGUUAGCUGCUUCGUUUCGUUAUCGAGAAUGGCAACUCUAGGUACUGGUAUGCGGUGUCUUAAAAGCUGUGUAUUCGUUUUGAAUAUCAUCUGUCUGUUGUGUUCCCUAGUACUGAUUGGGGCUGGUGCCUAUGUAGAAGUUAAGUUCAGCCAAUAUGGAGACAACUUGCACAAGGUCUGGCAGGCAGCACCCAUUGCUAUAAUUGUUGUUGGAGUAAUAAUUCUUAUAGUGAGCUUCUUGGGUUGUUGUGGAGCUAUAAAAGAGAACGUCUGUAUGCUGUAUAUGUAUGCAUUCUUCCUCAUUAUACUUUUGAUUGCUGAAUUGGCCGCUGCCAUAGUUGCAGUUGUUUACAAAGAUAGAAUCGAUUCAGAAAUCGACGCAUUGAUGACUGGUGCUCUGGAUAAACCGACUCCAGAAAUAACUGAGUUCAUGGAUUUGAUUCAAUCAUCAUUCCAUUGCUGUGGAGCCAAGGGUCCUCAAGAUUAUAAGGGAAACAUUCCAGCUUCAUGCAGAGGAGAGAACACAGUCUAUCAUGAGGGCUGUGUACCUGUCUUUGGAGCAUUCUUGAAACGCAACCUAGUGAUUGUUGCUUGUGUUGCAUUUGGUGUGUGCUUUUUCCAGUUGUUAAGCAUUGUCAUAGCUUGUUGUUUGGGUCGCCAAAUAAAGGAGUACGAAAAUGUGUAAUCCCUGCAAAGAAAACAAUAUUGUUUAUCGGUCCCGUUCUGUUUUCCUUCUGGCUUUUAUGAAAUUAUGCUUUUUUUAUUGCCUAGAUAAUUGUGCCUUGGUUAAUAAUCAUGUAUUCGACUUCGUUUACGAUAUAUAUUAAUUAUACAUAAAUAUGAUACUGUCAUUCUCAUUGUUUCACUUUUUAUCAUUCAUAUACAUAAUGAGUUGCAUUGAUUCCCUGGUAUAUACCUACAAACUGAUGACAAAUCAUCUUCACUUUUAUGGUGUCUUAUAACCUUUCACGUUUAUAUAAUUUUAAAUCUUUGUUACACCUUUUAUUUUACAAACCGCUUAUUUUUCCGCUACAGCAUUAGACGUUUCUUGUAUAAAUCAAUUCCGUUAUCUCAGUCUUCAAAUGCGAUUGGGGGGUGUUCUAAUAAUAUUCAUAGCAGUAACUGUUCGAAGUUUAUUCUAUUCGUUCUCAAUUCCUUUGUUUAAAACUGUCAGAUCUCCAAAUAGAUUAAAGCGUCAUAGUGUUUGUUUGUCAGUAAUAAUACAUAUUUAUUACUGACGAUGUGUUUCAAAU